CCAUCACGAUUGCAUGCUUAAUAGCUGCAUCCAAGCACUCUCUCCAGGCUCCCAGCCCGGCGGCUCCAACACAGCCCUCCCCCUCUCUUCCCCAGAGAAAGGCAUUUCAGGUCACUUGAAUUAUUUAGCGGGGUGUUUUUAACCAUCUCAAGGGCUUUGCUCCUGCCGUGCGGCGCCUGCAGAGCUCGGGGUUUGUGGGUUUAUUUUUUUAUUUCUUCUUUUUUUUUUUUUUUUUUAGCACGCGAGGUGGAGUUGCUCCACUUCCUUGGCAGAAGGAGGAGAUAAAGCGUGAGGAGAAGGCGAGAAGGGCGGCUCGGCGUGUGGAGGGGAGGGGAAAGGCCGCCACACCUGCGGGCCGCGCUGCCCCUCAGGCCCGGCCCUGGCCGCCGGGGCCGCUCACCGGGUCGCUCUAACGCAGCUCUCUCUGUCUCUCCUUCUCUCCCUCCCCCGCCGAUCCUUCUCUUCCUCCCGCUCCUCAUUCAUCCUCCCCUCUCCCGCCCCCUCCCCGUGCAGGCGAAGCGGGCGCGGCAGGAGGCGGAGCGGGCCGCCGCACGUCCCCCGGCCGGCCGGCCGGCCCCCCCGCCAUGGGUCGGAAGCGCUGCGUGGGGGGAGACGGCUCCAAGAUGGCGGCGGGUUGCUGCGGGGUGAAGAAGCAGAAACUCUCCAGCUCCCCUCCCUCGGGCUCGGCCGGCCCGGGCGGCGGCGGCGGCGGCUCCCACUGCGGCGGGGCGGCGGCGGCGGGGGGCGAGCCGGGGGCGCUGCCCCCGCCGGGGGGCCCCCGCCUGAACGGCCUCGGGGUGCUGGCGGGGGGCGCCGCCGGCUGCGCCCUGUCCCCGCCGCUGCCGCCCAGCUGCGGCGGGGGCCCCGCCGGCCUCUCCCCGCCGGCCUCCUCGCUGCUCGCCUCCCCUGGCUCCGGCGGGCCCGGCUGCAGGAAGAUGGUGGUGUCGGCCGAGAUGUGCUGCUUCUGCUUCGAUGUGCUUUACUGUCACCUGUACGGAUACCAGCCCCCGCGGAGCCCCCGCUUCACCAACGACCCAUACCCACUGUUUGUAACGUGGAAGAUCGGUCGGGAUAAGCGAUUGCGUGGAUGCAUAGGUACUUUUUCCGCCAUGAACCUGCAUUCAGGACUCAGGGAGUACACACUUACUAGUGCCCUUAAAGAUAGUCGUUUCCCCCCAGUGACGAGGGAUGAGCUGCCACGGCUUUUCUGCUCAGUGUCUCUGCUCACUAACUUUGAAGAUGUGUGUGACUACAUGGACUGGGAGGUGGGUGUCCACGGCAUCAGGAUCGAGUUCAUCAACGAGAAGGGCUCCAAGCGCACGGCCACCUACCUGCCCGAGGUCGCCAAGGAGCAAGGAUGGGACCACAUUCAAACCAUAGAUUCCUUGUUGAGGAAAGGAGGCUACAAAGCUCCAAUUACUAAUGAAUUCAGGAAAACAAUAAAGCUAACCAGGUACCGCAGUGAGAAGAUGACCAUGAGCUACACCGAGUACCUCGCCCACCGCCAGCACCACCACUUCCAGAACGGUAUUGGGCACCCCCUCCCACCGUACAACCAUUAUUCCUGACACUGAGCCGCAUGACCAGUCACUGGACCUCUCUGCAGACCUCUUCCCAGGAGAGCCUGCCCCCUCCUGGUCUAGCUAUCUCUAUUACUGUACCAUUUUAUGAUGAUAGUUUCCGUUGCCGUGUUGAGGCUCCUCAGCUGGUUCAGCCCAUCAUGGCAACGGGAGGGAAAAUUGCAUUACUACAAAGAGCCCAUCCCUUUUUAUUACUGAUCCACUGCAGAUUUUUUUGCAGCAUAUAUACCCCUUGGGUUUUUUAUGAAAAUCUAAAUUUCUACUUCAUUAACAUUGAAUUAUAUCAAUCAAGGCUUUCUGUAACUGUGGAUGGAAGGAAGAGUUUAAGGAUUGCAGUUAGGGAAGCUUUGCUUAGCAAAAAAAGCAUUCGUGGCUUUUGCAUUAAUGGGUGUGAUAGGGAAUGAAACAUAUCAGAUUCAGGUAUUGAAGCAGACAAUGAAUUGCAUUUCCAUGAUGUUCUCAAUGACCUUGUGUGUCCAAUAUCUCCCCUUCCCAGUAAAGGUUCCAUGUAGCUCUGUACAGGAUCUCCGGAUCCAGCACAAACAGCCGGAACACCAAGGCUGACACUCAGAAUGCUCUGUUGGGAUGAGGAGAAGCAGCUCAUGAGCAGCGAGAGGUGAUGUUAAAUGGCAGCACUGUCACAGUCCAGUGGCCUGGAGGACAGGGCAGGACCCAGUGCAGGAGCCCUCGUGUCCCCCUGUGCUGGGAGCCACGGGCAGCCCAGGCUGGCAGGAGUCGUCAGGGGAGUGCAUUGGUAAUGAGAUGAUGCCUUGCUGAUGACUCAAAUUAGGAGUGACAUUUGUGUCCUAAAAACAGAUUGGUGAGUAGCAGAUGUCAUAUUAGGAAGACAAUGGAUUUAGAUUUUAGUGCCUUUGACUAUAACAUAAUUAUAUACUUAUAUGUAAAAUUCAUAGAAAACAUAUACUCCAGACAUUCUAGCAAACCCUGCUGAGGCUGCUCUGGCAGCAGGGUUUUGGACACUUUUUUUUUUCUCUUUAAAGUGAGAUAUUUUCUUUUUAUUAUUAUUAUUAUUAUUAGCAAACUUAUUUUGGAAAAGAGAAAUCCCUGUUUUGUUCUUUCAUCUGCUCUUGAACUUACUAAGUUUGAUCAAGUCAUGAAUAGUUGGAUCAAGUUAACUUCUGUUCAAGAAAAGAAAAAAAGACUGUUGUGAGAGAGCCAGCACAGGUAUGCCAUAAUGUGACAUGUUUUCAUCUAUUGCAGGAAUAGUGCUUGAGAGCUGUAAGUACUGUGUAAUAAUUCUGAUACCCCUCCACACGGCAGAAGAAAGAAAACCCAUUGGAGCUUUUUUUCUGCUGUAAAAAUAGGAUUUAGUCCAAGGUAUGUGUGGUCUGUUUGCAAGGCCAGUCGAUGGCAGGAGCUGACUCCUUCCCUCCUCCUGUGCCUGCACAGCUCCCACUGCUGCCUGUGGCAGCACAGAAAAGACCUUCCCAACCUGCCUGAGGAAACCACAGUAAGCAGAAAUUCCAGUUACUUUGAAUAAUGAAUGUUUGUAAAUACGUGGAUAUAUAAAAAUCAAGGAGAUAAAAUUCAGUUGUUAAAAAAAAAUAAUUGGAUUAACUGUAAAAGUGUUUCAAAGUCAGAGAAGGAUAAAUCAUGCUCAUCCCUUGUGUGAGGUUAGGUCUGCCACUUAAUUCCUAUGGAGGUUCUCUAGAAGGUCUUUGGUAUUCCUUCAUCCACAGCAUUUAUGUCCAAAUAUUACCAUUUUCAGUUGCGAUGCCUUAAUUUUUAAGCAGAGGGCCUGAAAUGUCAGGAGCCAAGAGAUGCCAGCCAGAAGCUGCAAAAAUGAGUAGAUGUUUAUACAGAGGCUAUUUUGGAUGAUACUGUUGUCUUGUUUCUACUUGGGGAACACUUUUAGAUGAAUUAGUCUUCAAGUGGAAAUGUGAACAAGUGGCUACCUGAUAGAGUCGUGGUUUUCUUUUUCUUGCCCUUAUAGGGAACCUGAGCACAAACUGAAUCAUUCUGCUGCGAAAAAAAAAGUCAUCCAACCCCAUCUUUAUCUGUCAUCUCGUUACAGCUCGCCCGUGCUUCUGCACGAGCUCAUUGUUAGAAGUUUUUUAAAAAGAUCUAUUAUAUAUAAAAAUAUAUAUGUAUUGAAAGGUGCUAAUCAACCUCAAGAAGGUCACGUGACUGGUCAUGCGGAUCUAAAAUCAUAUCAGAUUUUUUAAGAAAUCUUCGAUAUAUGCAGAUGUUAUACAGAAUUUCUUACCAGUGUAAUAAUGAUAUACUGAUGAAUAAACAAUCCUGCAGGAUUUUAAGGACAAGGUCAGCAAUACUUCCCACCAUGGCUUGGGGGAGAAAAGGAUAGUUUUGUCUCCUUUUUGUAUACAGCAUAAUGCACAAUGCAUUUUUGUCUAUCUCUUAGUAGCUGUUGCUUAAAAAUACAGUUCAAGGGUGUUAUACAAACUGCAAAGGUGUGCUUUUGAACCGAGCUCAUGCCAGACCCUUCUGGACCAGAGUUUUGUAUCACUAAUUAAAAAACUGUUACAGAGUCUGUGGUCAAUCAGAUUGUAUGAUCUAUUUUUGGUUUAAGAUUGGAAUAAUCAGUCUACCUACAGUGUUUCUAGGGCACCUACCUCCUCAGCACGCCGUGCUGAACUGCUGCAGAUUGUCUCUCUGUAAUUGUGGGAUUCUUGUACCAAACGUGCAGCUCACUGUGACAUGCACUGGCACAGAACAGGUCUGCUUGCUUCCAGCUGCUCACAGCUGCUCUCACCAA